AUGGCUGCCUGUUCCAGAAACACACUUUUAAGUCAGAGAAGAGUAAGUGGCAUCAUCAUCAUCCUUAAUAAAAGCUAUCAACAUCGGUUAACGGUUGUUUGGUCUCGAGGAUGUCUAGACUCGGUUAGCAGAGCCACAAGGUUCGCGCCAAGGCCAAGACCCCCUCCUCCCUGGCCGGCCUGCAGUUCCCUGCGGGGAGCCCCAGCUCCUCCGCAAGGGCAACUCGGAGGGAGCGGGUGGGCACUGGAGUACCUGACAGCCGAGAUCCUGGAGCUGGCUGAAAAUGCGGCCCACGACAAGAAGGCGAGCAUCAUCCUGCGCCACCUGCAGCGGGCCAUCCGCAAGGAGGAGCUCAAUAAGUUGCUGGACCAUCCGGCAGGACGGCGUCCUGCCCAACAUCCAGGCGGUGCUGCUGCCCAAGAAGACGGAGAGCCACCACAAGGCCAAGGGAAAAUAAGUCAUUUCAAACAAAACUUAAGCGGGCGCAGGACGGACAAGGACGUGCUGACCACUCUGAAGAUCCUCAUCAUCGGCGGCGAGAGUGGAGUGGGCAAGUCCAGCCUGCUCCGGAGGUUCACAGAUGACACCUUUGAUCCAGAACUUGCAGCAACAAUAGGUGUUGACUUUAAGGUGAAAACGAUUUCAGUGGAUGGAAAUAAGGCUAAACUUGCAAUAUGGGAUACGGCUGGGCAAGAGAGGUUCAGAACAUUAACUCCCAGCUAUUACAGAGGUGCACAGGGAGUUAUAUUAGUUUAUGACGUCACAAGAAGAGACACCUUUGUUAAACUGGAUAAUUGGUUAAAUGAAUUGGAAACAUACUGUACAAGAAAUGACAUAGUAAACAUGCUCGUUGGAAAUAAAAUUGACAAGGAAAAUCGUGAAGUUGAUAGAAAUGAAGGCCUGAAAUUUGCACGCAAGCAUUCCAUGUUGUUCAUCGAGGCAAGUGCAAAAACCCGUGAUGGUGUUCAGUGUGCCUUUGAGGAGCUUGCUGAAAAGAUCAUUCAGACACCUGGACUAUGGGGAAGUGAGAACCAGAACAAAGGAGUCAAGCCGUCACACAGGGAAGAGAGCCAUGGAGGAGGAGCCUGUGGUGGUUACUGUUCUGUGCUAUAAACUCUGGGGAGUCCAUCUCUUGCAUAGUUGAUGAGAUGGUGACAUCUUUC